AUGCCUACCAUCUCCGUGGACAAAGAGGACCUGUACAAGGCCAUUGGAAAGACCUACACGACCGAAGAGUUCGACGAGCUCUGUUUCGAGUUUGGAAUCGAGCUGGACGAGGACACCACCAACGACUGCGUUGGAGAUGAGCGUCCCCAGCUCAAGAUUGAGAUCCCCGCCAACCGAUACGACAUGCUGUGCAUCGAGGGUAUUGCGCAGGCUCUCAAUGUGUUCCUUGGCCGGGCCGAGGUGCCCGAGAUCAAGCUUACUAAGCCCUCCAAGAUGCUUGAGCUCACCAUUCACCCCGAGACCGCGGAGGUUCGACCCUACGCUGCUGCCGCCAUUCUGCGAAACGUGACCCUCGACCAGCGAAAGUACGAGUCCUUCAUUUCUCUGCAGGAGAAGCUGCACUCCAACAUUUGUCGAGGACGACAGCUGGUGGCCAUUGGUACCCACGACUUUGACAAGAUGGUCCAGGAUGGCCCCUACGCUUACAAGGCCUUCAAGCCCAACGACCCCAAGAUGUCCUUCGUGCCUCUCAACCAGACCAAGGAGCUCACCGGAGAGGGAGUCAUGGAGUUCUAUGAGAAGGACAAGAACCUCGGAAAGUUCCUCUACAUUAUCAAGGACGCCCCCGUCUACCCUUACAUUGUCAUGGGCGACGACAACACUGUCUGCUCUCUGCCCCCCAUCAUCAACUCCGACAAGACCAAGGUUUCUCCCGACACCAAGAACAUUUUCAUUGAGGUGACUGGAACCGAUAAGACCCGUCUGGAGAUUGUUCUGUCUCAGAUUGUCGCUGCUUUCUCCGAGUACUGCGCCGAGCCCUUCACCGUCGAACCUCUCAAGGUUGUCUCCGAGCACAAUGGUGAGACUCGAAUCACCCCUGAGAUGACACCUCGAGUCAUGCAGGCCGAGAUUCCCUACAUCAAGUCGUGCUUGGGUCUGGAUCUGUCUGCCGACGACAUUAUCAAGCUGCUGGCAAAGAUGUCGCUUCAGGCUUCCAAGACUUCCAACCCCGAUGUGCUUGACGUGGCUAUCCCCCCCACCCGAUCCGACAUUCUGCAUCAGUGCGAUAUCAUGGAGGACGCUGCCAUUGGUUACGGCUUCAACAGUCUGCCUAAGACCCUCCCCAUGAAGUCUGCCACCGUCGGUAAGCCCCAGCUCAUCAACAAGGUGUCCGACAUUGUUCGACGAGAGGUGGCCAUGAGCGGCUGGGCCGAGGUGAUGCCUCUGACCCUGUGCUCGCACGACGAGAACUUUGCCUUCCUCAACCGAAAGGACGAGGGCCAGGCCGUGCACCUUGCCAACCCCAAAACACAGGAGUACCAGGUGAUCCGAACCUCGCUUCUCCCCGGUAUUCUCAAGACUAUCAGAGAGAACAAGAAGCACUCGCUGCCCAUUAAGGUGUUUGAGACCGGUGAUGUUGUUUUCAAGGACGAGUCCCUCGAGCGAAAGUCGUACAACCAGCGAAACUUCGGAGCCGUCUACUCCGGAAAGACCUCCGGUUUCGAGACUGUGCACGGCCUUCUUGGCCGACUGAUGCAGAUGCUGCGAGUUUCGUGGAUCGAGAACCCCAAGGAGUCCACUUCCCGAGGCUACUGGAUCGAGGAGUCGCACUCUGAGACCUUCUUCCCCGGCCGAGGCGCCACCAUCCACCUGCGAACCAAGGACGGAGCCGAGGCCAAGGUAAUUGGAGAGAUGGGCAUUCUGCAUCCCAAUGUCCUGGCCAAGUUUGAGAUUCCUUAUGCUUCCUCCAGCAUCGAGUUCAACAUUGAACCUUUCAUGUAG